GCGAGUGCUGUGUAACACUGGCUUUAGGGGUUUCCCCGUCCAGAGGCAUGAUGUGGUGGAGCAGAGGGCUUUGGUUAUUCCUUGCUGCUGCAUUUCUGUUAAGGGAUACAGAUGGGCUUGGAGUGUGGAAUAAAAAACCUGUGCCACAUUGGUCCAGUGUAGCAGCAUGGGCUUCCAUGGCUCAGCCCCAAAAAGUCAGCAACCUUCCUCAUCAGACCAAGGUGGAGGGCUCCACUUCCAGUGCUGCAUCCAUGCAAAGUAGUUCCGCGUUCCCUCUGCAAGGUCCUGAACCCAGUCGGACUCGGACUGGACAACCAAGUUGUGUUUCCAGCAGUCAAAUGGAUUCUUCAGAGGCUCAAACUACAAGUGGCUCUGCUGGGUAUUACCAGUCUGUGUUCCAAGGUGGCCAACAGUUUCCUGGUGUUGUAUCCCAACCCCAGCUGCUGGAUUCCUCUGGUAAUGUUGAAGCCCGGUAUUGGGGGCAGAGCUCCGAGAGUGUCCUAAGCACCCCCCAGAUAUCCAGUAGCCUUUUUGAGCGUGAUGCUUUACAUGGGGGGUCUUCUGGCAGCUUGGACUCUGUAUCCAGUGCUCAAGGUUUCCCCAGUCAGUACACCAGUUCAUGGCUGUACACUGCCCAAUCUGCUCCUACCCAUCAACAUCAGGGAGGCUACUGGGCUCCAUCCUCAGGCCAGUCAAUGCAUCUUCCUUCAGAGGAGCCCCAACCUCAUGUUGCUUCCCCUCCUCAACCUGAAAGCUACCAACAGCUUCCCCAUCCUUCACAAACCAGGCCAGUAAGUAAGCCUGUGUCCCAAACCCAGACUGUAGGAGGUGCAUUGGUUUCAACCUCUCAGCAAGGUAGCAAUGAAGGUCAGUACCAGAGUUCCAGCUGGUCCGCUUCUGCACCAGUUAUGAAAUCGAGACUCCCUUUUAUACCUAGCCAAAGCACAAUUGUGAGUUCUGACACGACCUCCCCUAGCCAGCAGUCAGCCAGUGACUCUGCCCAAAAAGGCUGCACCAGCUCCUAUGGGGCCCUUCCUCCUUGGCUUGCAGGCACACGGCAGACAUCUACCCUCCAGUCUGCCCAGUCCCAGAUGCAGGGUUCCAGUGUGGGUUUGGGUGUUGCCUCUACCAGCCAGCAGUCUGCCAGUGAUGCUCCACUAAAAACUGAUGGACCUCUGUCAGGCACAGGGCAGACCCAAAUGCAGAUCAUGAGUUCUAGCUCAACCUCCAUCAACCAGCAGUCAGCCAGUGAUGCUGCACAAAAAGGCUGCACCAGCUCCAAUGGGGCCCUUCCUCCUUGGCUUGCAAGCACAUGGCAGACAUCUUCUGCCCAGUCCCAGAUGCAGCCUUCCAGUGGGGGUUCUGGUGUGAGCUCAACCAGCCAGCAGUCUUCCAGGUGAAUGCUCCACUAAAACCUGAUAGGACCUCUGUCAGCCCAAGGUGCAGGACAGGGCAGACCCAAAUGCAGAGCCCAAG